UAUUAUUUGAAUAGAUAAGAAGAAACCCCCAACAAUGGACUGGAGGCAUUAUUAUUGCUCUUGUUUUAUUCUACUUUUCUUUUUCUCACUUCUGCAGGGAGCUUCGACUUCAACUUCUAUAUCGAAUGGAAAUUUUGUGUACCCAGUUUCAACUGGGAGAAAUCUCCUUGAAGCUAAGGAAGAUUGUCCUGUUAGCUUUGAGUUUCAGAACUACACUAUCAUCACUAGCCAAUGCAAACCACCGCAAUACCCAGCCAAACAAUGUUGUGAUGCUUUUUUACAGUUUGCUUGUCCUUUUGCGGAAUUUCUGAAUAAUUCGUCAAACAAUUGUGUCUCCGUAAUGCAACGCUACAUCAAUCUCCACAGACAUUACCCAGAUGGUCUUUUUGCCAGUGUGUGCCAAGGCACACAGGAAAGUCUUCCAUGUCCUGCAUUAGCACCAUCACCCUCUGCCGCAAUCGAGGAUACUAAUAGCAGCCAUAUAAACUGUAAACCGUCACCAGUAAUGAUGAUUGCCAAGACUUUUAUGGGGGCGUUGAUGUUGGCAUUGCUUUUCUGAAAAUCUCAGUACUUUCAGUAUAUCUUUCUUCAAAUAUUGUUUAUACAUCACUAUUUAUAUCACAAGAACAGGUUUUGCUGAUAAAUCUGUAUUGAAAAUGUUUGCCUUUUAAUUUGUUAUUGAAGAUUGUAGUAAGAGGUAACUCUUCAUCCCUU